AUGACUGAUUAAACUAUUUAGUAGCACUAAUCCCCAGACAAUCUUAAAAAUUAUGAUUUAAAGAAGAAAAAUCUUUAAGAUAGACUUGCCAAUAACACUCUGAAUAGUGACAACCUUACAAAGAAAGGUUUGAAUGAAUCAAUAAGCUUGCCAUAAUUAAAUAUACACAGAGAGAAUAAUGGCAAGAACUAGCUGAUUGUUUCUACAAACUUUCGCAAACCGAAAUGGCAAGAUGCUUCUUUGGAUUUAUCUAAUUCUGAAUUUUCUCAAGAGAGAUCGAAUUCGAACACUUUGAAACCAGUAGUUAAGCCUGUUGGCAAGGUUCGGUACAAUCCAGCAGAAUGGUGGACUAAUGCCUAGCCAGCUUAUGAUUAUCACAAUCAGCAGACAGAAUAGAAUCAUCUCUUAGGAGGUGGAAGUGACUAAAAUGAAAGCAUUCAGAAGCGAAUGAUGGAAGUAAAUAAUCAACAUAAGUUGAAUGGAGGAGGGUCGGGUUUAAACAGUGAAAAUCAAAGUGAAUUCAGUUAUAAUAAGUAAAGUAAGAUCAAGAGAUAUGGAAUAAACAUCAAUCAUAUAAUGGGAAACAAUCAACAAAAGCCAGCAUAGUAAAUAAACGAGAGCGUAAAUGAAUCUAGAUUCCCCUAAAUAAUUAGGAAGAGUAUGGACUAUCACAAUAGAAUUGCCAUGGAUCUUAACUGA